AUGGCUGGUCAAUAUCCUGUCCAUGAAGGUUUGCAGGUGACCGGAUCAGGUCACACAUCUCACGCGCCAGAGGUAUACCGCUACCACGAUGCCGCGCCAGAGACAGCCCCUCAAGGCUACGUGAGCCCAGAAAAGCCAGCGUCGCACCAGGAAUCGCAACCACUCGCGGCGCAUCAGCCUCGGCGCUGGUGUGGUCUGCCGAAACGAACGGCACUUCUCAUUGCCGCUGUGGUUCUGCUAGUCAUCAUCGGCGCUGUCGUUGGAGGAGUAGUCGGUGCCCUGGUUGCCAGGAAUGGAACAAGUAAUUCCAGCAGUGGUAGCAGUGCCAGCGCCACCACGGGUGCCAGUAGCGCAGCCGACGCAGCAGCCACCAGUGCCUCGUCAGCAACAGCAUCAGCGUCGGCGUCGGCGUCUGCAGCUUCAACAAGCCCGACGUCGAAGUCGACAUCGACCAGCACUUCGUCGGUCUUUCCGAUCCCGACGAACAACAUCUUGCCUUUGAACUGCCCGGCAAUCAACAACACCCAGUUCACGGUCCAGGGCGACAACUUCCUCGUGUACUGCCUCACGGACUUUAGGACAGGGUCUGAAAACAUCGCCCAGUCGCUGCAGCCGAGCAUCAGUGAUUGCAUUGGGUCUUGUGUGACGUACAACUCGGAACACGAAAACACAGACAGUCCAUGUCAAGGCUUGACCUUUGGCGCGAACCUGACACAAUUUGGAGGGGUGAACUGCUUCCUCAAGACGGGACCACUGACCAAGGUACCGUACAAGGCCGAUUCUCAGGCUGGUGCGCUCUUGCUGGGAUAA